AUGAAUGGUGGCUUAAGUACUGCAUAAUCAUCAACAGGUUUUACUUCUGUCAAGAAGAAAAUGCCACCUUCACAAGCUUUGUACUCAAUAUCUGAUUAGCUUGAAGAUCUUAGACAUAAAGAGGUAUUAAUUAAACUUAGUCAUUUAUCCACAAAUAAAUUUUAAUAUUUAAAAACCAGAAUUAUUAAUAAUUUACAGAUAGAACUUGAGAAAGCAAAGUUGGACUUCUUCAAAAAGGCUGAAGAGCAUCGAUUUCAGACUGAUCUUACUUAAGCCAAAAAGGAGUUCAAUGAUCAGAUUGACUACAUUAAACAGUCUAAUGCAGUUAACUUGAAACUAAUACAGUAGCAGCAUUAAAAGGAGAUAUAGUUGUUGAUCAAUAAUUAAAGAUAAGAGGUUGAUAAAAUUCGAAGCAAACAUGACAUUGAGCAGGAUGAGUUACUCAACUAGAUCAAGGUGUUAGAACUAUAGCUGAAAAAUAAAGCUAAAGACCUGCAAUAAAAACAUUAAUAAGAUCUAUUGCUGAUGCAAUAAUAGUUUCAAAAUGAUUUGGGUCUGAGAAUGUAAGCAAUUAAAAGUCAACAUGAACAAAAUUUAAAGUAAUAAAGAGUGUUGCUUAAGCAAAAGUUCAAGUAGUCUCGAGAUUAGUAGAUUUAGGUGAUUAUAGAUAAAUUGAAUGAGGAAUAGUUCCAAUAGAUGUAGAGUUUAAGAGAUACGAUAAGAGAAGGGAAUAGAGAUAGAGAGAAAAUGAGGAUACAGGUAGAGGAGUUAGUGACUAGGAAUAGGAGAUAAGAAGCGUUUAUCAAGGAUGUUCAAAGCAAGUAAGAUACAUAAUAGCCAGUGGUUAUAACUUAGAAUGAGAUCACCAAGGAAUUACUGAUAAAAACUGAUAUGUAUAUGUAAACAGAUGAAAUAGUAAAGGAUGUCAGGUACUAAUCUAUCUAGACUGAUGAAAUCAAAGAUGAGUCCAAAUAAAUCAUCAAAGAUCUUAAGCAUGAGCUAUUAAAAUUAAAAGAGUAGUUAGAUUAAUACACUAAAGAGAACCAAAGAUUAAAAACUAUUUUAGACGAAACUAACUAGAAAUCGCAGAUUUAGAUGCUGUAAAUUGAAUAAAGUACCAGAGAAUUAGUAGAAAAUGCUAUUCAAUAGGUUAGAAACUAUAAAUCAAUCAAUAUGCAGCUUCAGAUAAAAUACAAAGAGGUUGUCUAAAUGCUGAAUAUAUUAGCAGCUAGUUCAGAAUCCUAUAAUGAGAUUGAAGGGAAUAUAGAUUAAUGGCAAUAAAAUGCUGGAAUUGCUUUUGAUUGUGAUAAAUAAUGUUUGGCUAUUGAUUUUCAAUGA